UCAGUGUCAGUCAUAAAAAUAGAUUGGAAAAACAAACAUUCAUUUUUGCAAAUUAAUUGUUUCAAAAUUAAUAUCUAAUGUUUUAAUGUUUUUAAAAAAAGAAAAUAUGAAUAUAACGCUGUUUAAACUUGUUAGAAAUAAAAAAUGUUGAAAGCUAAGGGCAAACGUUUUGAAUUUCUUGUUUUAGCUACAAAAGUUCUAGUCGGUCUUCUUUUUGAGUUAUUAUGGAUAAGUGAAGUGUCCUUGUUGCCUUCUGUAGUACGUAUUGGUGGAAUUUUCAAUGAGGAUCAAAUAGAUAGUCCGGCAGUGCUAGCGUUUAAGUACGCUGUACAUAACAUUAAUCGAGACAAGGGUAUUUUACCCCACACAGCAUUGGAAUAUGAUAUUCAGUAUAUAUCCAAAAACGAUUCAUUUCGAGCUAGCAAGAAAGUUUGUUCCCAAAUAAAUCUUGGAGUACAUGCAAUCUUUGGACCAUCAGAUGCUGUCUCACGAGCACACAUACAUUCAAUAUGCGAUGCACUUGAUAUACCCCAUUUGGAAUCAAGAAUUGAUGUGGAAAAUCGAGUGAGAGAAUUCUCGAUUAAUUUACAUCCAUCUCAAUAUUAUGUCAAUACUGCAUUUCAAGAUGUUAUUCGAUAUUUAAAUUGGACAAAAAUUGGCGUACUUUUUGAAAAACAUUGUGGUCUUAUCCAACUGAGAGAACUUAUACGAUCUUCAGGAAUAGAAAUGCAUAUACGUGAAGUGGAACCAUCAACUUAUAUUCAUGUUCUAAAUGAGUUUAAAAAUAAAGAAAUUAAUAAUAUUGUCAUUGAUACGAGUACAACGAAUAUUUCAUUUCUACUUAAAGGCAUACUUCAGCUGCAGAUGAACGAAUACAAAUAUCAUUAUUUAUUUACAAGUUUCGAUAUUGAAACAUUUGAGCUUGAUGAUUUUAAAUAUAAUUUUGUCAAUAUAACAGCUUUUAGAUUGGUUGAUACUGGUGAUGUGAGUGUCAAGGAGGUUCUCAAAGAUAUGGAAUUAUUUAAUCAAUUAAAUAUCAGGGACCAAGAAGUUUUUCGUAAAGAUCGAAUAAUAGAGACCGAACCUGCUUUGAUCUACGAUUCAGUUUAUAUUUUUGCCCUAGGACUUCAAACCUUGGACUUAUCACAUACACUGAAUCUUUCAAACUUAUCUUGUUCAGAAGCUAAUCCUUGGGACGGUGGCCUUAGUUUAAUCAAUUAUAUUAAUUCGGUUGAAUGGAAGGGACUUACUGGACCGAUUCAAUUUAAAGAAGGCCAACGCAUUCAAUUUAAACUAGAUUUGGUCAAAUUGAAACAACAUUCCAUUGUUAAAGUUGGCGAAUGGUCACCUCAAACUCGACUUAACAUUACAGAUCGUUCAAAAUUCUUUGAAUCUGGAUCGAUAAAUGUUACAUUAGUGGUAAUAACAAUUUUGGAAACACCGUACGUAAUGAUGCGGUAUGGAAAGAAUUUUACUGGAAAUGAGCGCUUUUAUGGAUUUUGUGUUGAUAUUUUGGACUUGGUCGCCCGUGAAACUGGAUUUGAUUAUAUUCUUGAUCUAGUACCCGACCGCAAAUAUGGAGCAAAGGAUCCAAUAAGUGGCGAAUGGAAUGGAAUGGUUGCACAAUUGAUGAAAUAUAAGGCUGAUUUAGCUGUUGGAUCAAUGACAAUUAACUAUGCACGUGAGAGUGUUAUUGAUUUCACAAAACCAUUUAUGAACUUAGGGAUCAGUAUUCUUUUUAAGGUGCCUAGUACACCACCUUCGCGUUUAUUUUCAUUCAUGAAUCCUUUGGCAUUUGACAUUUGGCUUUAUGUAUUGGCUGCUUAUGUUUUGGUAUCCCUCACAAUAUACGGAGUUGCAAGAUUUUCACCAUACGAAUUACAUAAUUUAAAUCCAUGUGAUACCAAAAACGAAGAAAUUGGUAAUCACUUUACACUCGGAAAUAGUUUUUGGUUUGCCAUAGGAACGCUUAUGCAGCAAGGUUCCGACUAUAAUCCAAAGGCAGCGUCAACACGAAUUGUCAGUGCAAUUUGGUGGUUUUUUACUCUAAUUAUGAUAUCAUCGUACACGGCUAACUUGGCUGCAUUUCUGACUGUUGAACGAAUGAUUACGCCGAUUGAAAAUGCUGAUGAUUUGGCAUCACAAACAGAUAUAUCGUAUGGAACAUUAGAAAGUGGAUCGACAAUGACGUUUUUCAGGGAUUCAAUGAUUGAAACAUAUCGAAAAAUGUGGCGCUUUAUGGAAAACAGAAAACCGUCAGUAUUUACAACAACAUACGAAGAAGGUAUUAAACGUGUUCUAGAAGGUAACUACGCUUUUUUAAUGGAAUCAACAAUGCUUGACUACAUUGUACAAAGAGAUUGUAAUCUUACUCAAAUCGGAGGACUUCUUGAUGCCAAAGGUUACGGAAUAGCAACACCAAUGGGGUCUCCAUGGCGUGAUAAAAUUUCACUCACAAUCCUUGAACUUCAAGAAAAAGGAGAGAUUCAAAUGUUAUAUGAUAAAUGGUGGAAAAAUGCUGGUGAGACUUGCCUGCGUAAAGACAAAAGCAAACAAUCAAAAGCGAACGCUUUGGGGCUUGAUAACAUAGGUGGAGUUUUCGUGGUUCUCGUUUGCGGACUUAUUAUUGCUGUUUGUAUGUCGAUUUAUGAAUUCCGGCAGCAUAAUAAGAAAAUUUCUUCUGUGCCAGGAAAUGCGAUAAGACUAUGCACCAGCGAUGGAGAUAAUCAAAUGACACGAGGGAUCCAACAAACUCUUUGUGAGGAAAUGGCAACAGAGUUCUGUUUUGCUUUGCGUUGCAUGGGUCCAAGGCAACGACCAGCACUUAGUCGGAAAUGUUCGAAAUGUACAUCACUGGCCGCAUCUUCCGAUUUCAUAGAUAAUAAUGAGAUUUAUGCAAAAUCCCGAAAGUACUCAUCUGUUCACAGAAAAAUUCAGUCCAGCAAUUACCGAAGUAACGGCGAAAACAUUGAUAAGCAAAUUUUUCGAACACCGAGUAAAUCUUUCAGUGAAUUGAGUGCUACUCCGAUGCCAGUAGGAUGCCAGAAUGAAUGAAAAAGAUUGUACCUUUACUAAAAAUUCUUUAUAUUUUGUUGAAGAACAUGAUUUAAUUUAUGAAAUAUUAAAAAGAAGUUUUAUUUCGUUUUUCUUAAUAUUUUAAAUUUCUAUUAAAAUAAAUUUCUGAAUAAAGCAUAAAGA